UACCGGGUGAACGCCAGCGGGCGCCAUAUUGUCUUGUUCGUGAAGACGAGGAGUAAGGGGGAGGAAGCGGCAGUGGCGGUGAAGGAGACGAAGCGGUGCCGCCUGUGACCGGCGGGGGGGAGGAGAGGGAACGUAAUAUAUAACGAAUUAAAGAUGUGGGAUCAAGGUGGACAGCCUUGGCAGCAAUGGCCUUUGAACCAGCAACAGUGGAUGCAGUCCUUCCAGCAUCAGCAAGAUCCAAGCCAGAUUGACUGGGCUGCAUUAGCUCAGGCAUGGAUUGCCCAACGGGAAGCCUCGGGGCAGCAGAGCGUGGUAGAACAACAAGGAAUGAUGCCAAAUGGACAGGAUAUUUCCGGAAUAGAGCCUGGUCCAAACAACCAUGGUAAUUUUCAAGGGGAUCCCAACUUCAACAGAAUAUGGCAGCCAGAAUGGGGAAUGCCUCACCAACCUCCACAUCCACCUCCAGAUCAACAGUGGAUGCCUCCAGCCCCUGGUCCAAUGGAAAUUGUUCCUCCAUCUGAAGACAGCAACAGUCAGGAUAGUGGGGAAUUUGCCCCUGACAACAGGCAUAUAUUUAACCAGAACAAUCACAACUUUGGGGGACCACCCGAUAACUUUGCAAUGGGGCCAGUGAACCAGUUUGACUAUCAGCAUGGGGCUGCUUUUGGUCCACCCCAAGGUGGAUUUCAUCCACCUUACUGGCAGCCAGGACCACCAGGGCCACCAGGGCCACCAGCACCUUCAGCGCCUCCCCAGAACCGAAGGGAAAGGCCCUCGUUCAGAGACCGUCAACGUUCACCCAUCGCGAUGCCUGUGAAGCAGGAGCCUCCACAGAUUGAUGCUGUGAAACGUAGAACCCUUCCUGCUUGGAUUCGUGAGGGUCUGGAAAAGAUGGAACGAGAAAAGCAGAAAAAGCUGGAAAAAGAGAGAAUGGAACAGCAACGUUCUCAGAUGUCUAAAAAAGAAAAGAAAGCAAGCGAGGAAGCUGAAGAAGGAGAUGGUCCACGGUUACCUCAGAAAAGUAAAUUUGACAGUGAUGAGGAAGAAGACGACAUCGAAAACACAGAAGCUGCAAGUGUUGGAAAAGUUAGUAGGAGCCCCUCUCCUGCUCCUCAAGAGGAGCAAAGUGAACCAGAAAUGACAGAAGAAGAAAAGGAGUAUCAAAUGAUGAUGUUGACAAAACUGCUGCUGACAGAGAUUCUUUUAGAUGUCACAAAUGAAGAAAUUUAUUAUGUAGCCAAAGACGUACAUCGUAAAGCAACUAAAGCUCCUGCAAAACAGCUGGCACAGUCCAGUGCACUGGCUUCCCUCACUGGGCUCGGUGGACUGGGUGGUUAUGGAUCAGGAGACAGUGAAGAUGAGAGGAGUGACAGAGGCUCUGAAUCAUCUGAUACUGAUGAUGAGGAACUACGACACAGAAUCAGGCAAAAACAGGAAGCAUUUUGGAGAAAAGAGAGAGAGCAGCAACUAUUACUAGAAAAACAGCUAGAAGAAGAAAAACUACAAAAUGAAAAAAUUGCAAAAGAGAUGAAUGAAUUCAUUAAUAAAGAGCAAAAUAGCAAUUCAGCACCACAGGAAGCGAAGGAAACAGAGGAUGAUGUGUUUAAUGAAAAGAAAAGAUCUCCAGGUGAAACUGCACCAGAUAUAGAACCCAAAAAAGAGGUUAAAGAAAAAGAGAGAACAGGAAGGAGUAGGUCAAGAAGUUCUAGUAGUGGUACCACUAGCAGCAACAGUAGAAGCAGUAGUAGCAGCAGUACUGUGUCUAGUACAUCAUAUAGUACAAGCUCAGGUAGUAGCCGCAGUUCUUCACGGUCUUCCUCUCCUAAAAGGAAGAAGAGACGUAGUCACAGUAGAUCUCCAUCACAUAAAAUUAGGCGCAGUAGAAGUAGGAGUUAUUCUCAUAGAAAUAGGAGAGAGAGGAGUAGAAGUAGGGAAAAGAUAAGAGAAAGGAGACGGUCUAGUAGAAAUAGCAUGGACAAGGGGGAGAGACGAAAAAAUCGUAGUCCUUCCCGGGAAAGAAGUUGGGAGAAGCGUAGAAGCAGUAGUCACUCAAGGGAUAGGCGAGCUAGUCGUGCUAGUCGCAGCAGGAGUCGAGAUAGACGUAAAAGUGAUGACCAGCAUAGAAGUCUUAGUGGAAAUAGGCACAAGCACAAGGGUGAAGGUAAAGAUCAAGAAAGGAAAAAGGAACGAAGUAGGAGCAUAGAUAAAGAUAGGAAAAAGAACAGAGAACGGGAGAGAGACCAGGAGAAAAGAAAAGAGAAGCAAAGAAAAGAAGAAAAAGACAGUAAGUCUGGCAAUCAUGAUGACAGUAGGUUAAAGAGAAAAAGAGAUAGUGAAAGAGCUCUCUCUCGCAGCAAUUCAAUGUCUGCUAAAAUUUUAAGACAGGAUUCUAGACAGGAAAGCAAAAAAAGUUCUGCCAAAGAUAGUAAAAGACAUUCAGGCUCUGAAUCUAGUGUCAGGAGCAGUUCUGAUUCACCAGGAAGCAGCAAAGAAAAGAAGGCUAAGAAAUCAAAGCAUAGUCGGUCACGAUCCAUGGAGAAAUCUCAAAGGUCUGGUAAGAAGGCAAGCCGCAAACACAAGUCUAAGUCACGAUCAAGGUCAACUACCCCUCCUCGUCGUAAACGCUGAGGAACGAUGUGGCACCAGUGAUUUGACAUUAAAAAAUUCCAUGAGUUUUAAGGGCUUGUCUCAUUAUAGAGGCACAUUGUGGCUGUGUAGGUGAAACCAGAAUCCUUUUUUAAACUGUAAAUAGGUGUAUUUUUUUCCAAAUGCUGCUCAGUUAAAUAAUAGGAUUUCUUUGUAUUGCAAUUUUUUCAGAAACAGUAGUGCUUAAUAAGAAUAUAAAACAUGCCAUUCUCUUUCAGCUGUAAUGUUCUUAAAAUUACUAUUGAAUGUACUGUGAUGUCAAUAAAGCUCUUUAGUUCA